AUGACUUACACAUCCUUGGCUAUUGAAACAAAAUAUUUUAUCGUGCACAAUCCAUCAAAAAUGACAUUUGAACAGUUACAAUCCAAUUCAAAAUAUUCGGCCACAUUAGAGUGUCCUUGUGAGAAUAUUUCUAUCCCAUAUGGUUCGUUUAUUUCAAUUGCACCUCAUUUUCAUCAACUCUGUUCAAGUGAUUUUAUCUCAAAUUCUUCAGCUUGGCUCAAUUUACUAUUUGAUGAUGAGGCUGCUCUCAACUAUUCUUAUGAUAAUUAUCGUCUCUUUGCCGUCCCUCAGUUUCAAUGGCUUACUUCAUUGUGUAGCCUGGUGAAUGACACACUCUCACAGGGAUUGAUUCAAUUCACUUCGAGCACAUUUGUCUCUAAAUAUCUACAAUCUCAAGAAAAUAUUGAAAUUCAAGCAACUGCAGCCAUCGAUCAGUUUCGCUUAGCAACACCUCGAACAUUUGUACGUUUACUCGAUUUUAUUCGAUACAUGGCACAAGGAAAUGAGAUUGUUUCAUCGACUAUGUCCAAUUGGCAGUUUUUUGCUUUGAUUCGAACUGUACCACAUUCCUAUUUCGAUGAUAAUAUUACACCACCUGAUUCAUUGUGGAGUGAACCACGAUUGUAUGGCGACGCUGGCAAUUGCUCGUGUGGUACAAAUGCCAUGUGCACAUCGCCAGCUAGUCUCGAUGAACAAUCUUUGCCCGGACUUCUUGUUGGGUGUUAUCCGCUCGAGGCACUUCUUCAAUCAACUCUUGAAUGUUUGUACAAUAUGACAUGCAUCGAUGCACUCAAAAAUAUGUAUUACUCGUCAAAUAUUUCUAUUAGGGCACUGGAUUCGACACUCUCUUCACCCAAUAUUACUGUCCAAGCACUCGUCAAUGUACUUAUGAUCGAUCGAUGGGAAAAUAAUAUAACCUAUGAUCAAUACUAUCAAUUAUGUGCAUCAACUCAAUGCACCUAUUCAGUCAAUAAACGAGCUGAUCUGCUCUAUGUUGUGACAGCCAUUAUGGGGCUAUAUGGAGGAUUAACUGUUAUACUCAAAAUUUGUGUGCCCAUAAUGGUUAAAAUUGUGCUAGGUAUAAAACGUCGUCGGGAACGAAUGGUGAUAGCGACAGCUGUUGAAGAGCUAUAA